CUCCACAAGUUUGUGAAACCAAAAGUCAAUCAAGUAUUUAUAGACCCAGAGGAUAGAACUGAAACUGAAGAAGUCGAUGAGGAUGAAAGAGUCAUAUUUGAUUGCUAUGAUAUGGACUGCCGAUUUGCUGUAAAUGGUUUGGCUUCAAAACUCCUGCACUAUCACACAUUCUCACUUAAGGAAAAUUCGGUGUGCAAAAAUUGCAACGAAUUGGAUAUUGCUGUAUCUGUUCUACCAAUCAUUUGUGCGAAUGAGGCAGUAAAAAUUGAUUUCAGCAACUUAGUGGCGGCCAUUGAAACGAACUUUCCUGAAUACAAGUGCGAUGUCUGCCAACAAUUCAAAGAAGUUCUACGCGAAUUUGGGAAGCAUGUUUAUGUCGAGUUGCCGCAUGAAGAAGAAAGCGCAUUAAGUAAUAUUCCACACAUUAUUACUUUGGGCGGCAACAAUUAUUCACUACUUGGCGUAAUACUGUAUGAGCCAGCACUGAUCAAAGACAUGAUUCCACAUUAUAAGGCAGCCGUGAAAAAAUUCAACACUUGGGAAGAAUAUGAUUACAUGAAAAAGAGCCCGAGAACCAUUUUAUGCAGCAAACCAGUCAUUAUUUCAUCAUUGCUCUACAUAAUGACAUAAUAACCGGAUAUAUUGAAAUUCUAUCUUUAUUUUCCAACG